AUGCCAUUCCUAGUUGCGAGACAACAGAGCCCCGACGACUCGAUGGGGGAGAUGUCGAUGGGAGGUAUGACCACGACCGCUGGCGUGCCUGGUCCCCUCUUCAUGCAGGGUGUUUUCUGGGCCUUCGUUGGAGCUGGUAUUGGGCUGGCCGUCCUUUCAAAUAUUCUCAAUAAGAUCUUAUGCUAUCAGCGGAUCUCUGCGUCGUGGGACAAUCCCACUGCUGCUCAACCGAAAUCAAUCUUUUUCAAGGCUCAUGCCAUAAUAUCUGCACUCGUGCGCGAUUUUGGUUAUUAUUCGAUACCACUUUCCAUCAGAAAUACCAAGAUCUACGUUGCACCUCUGGGACCGGCAACGAUACUGGCUGGCUACCUCGUACUACUCAUAGUCUGCUCACUGUACGGAUUCGACACCAGAGACGUCUCGCAGUGGGAGGACGUGGGACACAGAGCAGGGCACAUCGCCAUCUGUCAAAUACCACUGAUUGUCCUUCUCGCCGCGAAGCGGAACAUCAUUGGACAACUCACCGGCCUGGGAUACGAACGUUUGGCAUGGCUUCAUCGAUGGGUAGCUCGAUCUAUGCUUCUCGCGGUCCUGAUCCACGCUGGAUUCUUCCUCCGCAAAUGGGGCGGAGAGGGCAAUAUUCUGAGCAAUAUCAAGGCGCAUGCUACCACUCCGAGUGGGAUUGCGGCCUUUGCGGUAUUGCUCUGGAUGAUCAUUACAUCCUGCGCGCCAAUAAGGAGGCUGUCCUACGAGGUUUUCGUUGUUCAGCAUAUUCUCUCCUGGCUCGGAUUCCUCGCAGCGGUCUACCUUCACGUUCCAGCGGAGAACCAGAAAUGGACCUGGAUCUCCCUCGCCUUUUGGGGGUUUGACAGAAUCGUACGAGCCGCCUCUCUCGCUUACAUCAAUCUGGGGCUUUUCCACCAGAAUAGCUCCGGAUUCCUGUCUUGCAAAGCAACUUUUGAGCCGCUUGACGAGAGCCACACCCGGGUCACCAUCAUGAAUCCGCCUGUCACCUGGGAAGCAGGCCAGCAUCUCUUCUUGGCGUGCCACGUUGUUGCACCUCUCGCAUCCCAUCCAUUCACGAUAUCCAGCCUACCCUCCGAUGGCAAAAUUGAGUUUGUCAUACGCGCAAAAGGAGGGGCAACCAAAAGAUUCUUCAAGUACGCGGAGAAAUCAUUCCCUACCCGCCACCGCAGCACUACGAGGGAGUCCGCACGGUCCGUUCUAAUCGACGGCCCAUAUUCGCGCAUCCGCCCUCUCAGACAAUUCGACAGCGUGAUCUUACUCGCCGGCUCCACGGGCGCCACGUUCACAAUUCCUCUUAUGCGCGACCUGAUGGAAAGCUGGAAAGGGCAAGGGCAUUCUCGGAAAUUGCACCUAGAUCCCCCACCCGGAAUCGUUACCCGCUACGUGCGCUUCAUCUGGGUAGUUAAGAAGAGCUCCUCGGUCACCUGGUUCGGAACGGAGCUCGACCGCGUGAUCCGCGACAUGGAUAACUUGCAGACUGACGGCCACCACAUCAAUAUCGACAUCAGCAUCUACGUCACGUCCAAAGACGAUUUCGCCGCUAGUCAGUCGGUGAGCAGCGUAGUGAGCACGGCGUCGACGAUAUGUGUUUCGGACGAGAACCUUCCUAUGUCUUCGUCGAAGUCCGCUGAGUAUGUUCCCCCGAUGGAUUGCGAGAUGUGCCGCAAGAUUCGCGAUGACGAGAAUGCGAUUAUGCCUGUUUGCGACUGUGCUACUAGGCAAUCCAGGCCCCAGGUUAGCCGUGCUUCGUCGGCGAUGACUCUGACGGAGGAUACGCCUGUGCGCCGGGCUAGCAGUAUUGUUGAUAAGCGGAUCAACAUAUUCAGUGGGAGACCGCAUGUUAGUAGCAUCAUUCAACAGGUAUCUGAGGUCGCGCUGGGUGAGAUGGCAGUGGUUGUCUGUGGACCGCAAGGGCUCGUGCAGACGACGAGGAACGCAGCGGCAAAGUGUAGUAUUGACAGAGGUGUACACAAGGGGACCGGAGCUCAGGGGAUUUACGUUCAUGCGGAGACUUUUGGGUACGCCUGA